UUGCUUUGUAGAUUUCUGCUGGCUUUGUACCUUCAGCUAUGGACAAAAAUGUUAAUUUGCUUUUCCUUAUCCUGCUGUACAUCACAAUUGAGAGCAACGAGGGAUGCUUUUGUGACCGUUAUCCAUGGACUGCCUGGUCCAGUUGUUCAAAGACCUGCAAUUCUGGGACUCAAAGCAGACAUAGGCAAAUUGUGAUAGAUGACUACCACCAGAAAAAAUCCUGUAACCGUUUUUGCAAGUUGCAGGAAUCCAAGGCCUGCAACCAGCAGCUGUGUCCUAUCAACUGUGUAUUUGGAGACUUUGGUCCCUGGUCAGAAUGUGACCCAUGUCUUAAAAAACAGUUUCGCAUCAGGCCCCUGAUCCGGCCCUCUCAGUUUGGAGGAGAGCCCUGCCAUGAGCAGCUGAUAGAUGCCCGGAAGUGCUUGCCAACCAAAGUUUGUAGCAUAGAAGAAAUAAACUGUGAGAAUAAAUUCCGCUGUGAAAAUGGUCGCUGCAUCGCUCGAGGCUUAGAAUGCAAUGGAGAAAACGACUGUGAGGACAAUUCCGACGAAUGGGGCUGUGAGCGUAUCCAGCCUGUGUGCAACAUAGCGCACGAGAUCGUUCCUGGUGUACAAUUAAUGGGCCUUGGAUUUAAUCUCCUUGCAGGAGAGAGCCGAGGAGAAGUCCUUGACAAUUCAUUCAAUGGAGGCAAAUGCAGACUGGUCAGAAGCAAAGAUAAGAAUAAAAUGUUCCGUGUCCCUGCAAACCUGGAGGCUGUCAGCUUUCAGGUAAAACAUAAGGAGGAUGAGGUAGAAUCUGCUUUCCACAGCAAGUUGGUUGACCUGCACUCCAAUUCCUCUCAAGAGAACUCUUCCUCUACAUCCUUCUCUUCUGGGAUCACAAUUCGGUUCUGGGAAAAGAAAAAAGAAGACUUUGUAUUGUCAUCCUCCUUUAAGGAUGCCGUCAAAGCUUUCUAUGAAAAGAAUUCCAACUUUAUUAGGAUCCACAAGAAGGUUGUGGUGUCAAACUUCACAGUGAAGACAUCAGAUUUACGGGUCUCUAGCGUGUUUUUAAAGGCCCUCAACAGCCUGCCUCUGGAGUACAACUAUGCCCUCUACAGCCAGAUAUUUGAAGACUUUGGGACUCAUUACUACAGUUCAGGGUCAAUGGGAGGCACAUUUGACCUCCUCUAUCAAUUCAGUACUGAAGAACAGAAAAAUUCAGGUUUAACAGGGGAAGAAGCAAGUGACUGCGUUUUGACGGAAGUAACAACAUUUUUCUUUUUCACCAGUAAAGAGCCUGCAAAAUGCACCAACGGUAGCGUGACAGAGAGACAUAAAGGUUCAUUUCUGCAGUCCUCUAAGAAGUCUUUUUCACGGGUCAAAGGUGGGAAGGUGCAAUAUGCUACGGCUCUAUCUUGGGAAAAUACAGGAUCUUUCCCAGAACAGAGUGUGUACGUGGAUUGGCUGGAAUCGAUCGAGGACAAUCCAGUGGUCAUUGACUAUGAGUUGGCCUCCAUUUUGGAUUUGACGAAGAACUUUCCAUGGCCAGUGAUGAAGCAUCGUAACCUCAGGAGAGCUUUUAUUGAGUACAUGGAAAGAUUUGAUCCAUGUCAAUGUGCUCCUUGCCCCAACAAUGGCAGGCCUGUGCUUUCUGGGACUGAAUGCCUCUGCAUGUGCCAGGCUGGAAGCUAUGGUGAUAACUGUGAAAUACGGGCAUCUAAUCACACAUCUGUUGCUGUGGAUGGUAACUGGAGCUGUUGGUCUGCAUGGAGUCCCUGUGAUGCUUCUCAUAAGAGACAUCGAAGUCGAGUAUGUAACAAUCCCUCACCACUUAAUGGAGGAAAACCAUGUGAAGGUGAACAGCAGCAAGAAGAAAUGUGCUACGGCUCAGUAUUUGCUGACAGGUAA